UCAAACACUUGAAAGCUUAUUAACUUUUCCGGCGAACAAACAUGUUUUCUUGGAAAGUUCUUCUCAUCUCCGUCGCCGUUGUUUUCGCCGCGUUGGGGCUCAAAGCCUCUCUUCCACUCGCCACCACCAACCUACCUAUCCUGUGGACCUUCUUCCUUUUGUGCUUCAAGCCUCCUUAUCUCUACGUCAUCCUCAACGCCAUCAUCAUCUCCAUCGUCGCCUCCUCCAGGUUCAAUCACUCCUCCGCCGAACCCAACCACCCUCCCGAACCAACUCCUCCGCCUCCUCCGGUGCACGUCAUUCCGGAACCGCCGCUUCUGGAAAUGAAGGCCGUGCUGGUUAACGGAUCAGACGCGGUUGAAGAAGCAGAGGAUGAGGGGGAUGAGGAAGAGAAGAAAGUAAUCGACGAAGGAAUGACGCUGAUGAGAACAGACUCGACGGAGAUUGCGCCGGAAUAUCUAUAUCCGGACGAGAAACCUCUCGUUUCUGCUAGGUUCGGUCACCGGAAACCGCCUAAAGCCAGUUAUGAAGGUGGAAGAGCGUUGAGGGUGGUGGCAAAGGUGAAACGGCACGAGACGUUGGAGAACACGUGGAAGGCGAUAACGGAAGGUCGAUCCAUGCCGUUAAGUCGACACAUGAAGAAGUGUGACACGUGGCAAAGCGGCGGCAACGCGGGCCCACCCGAAGCAACUGUGAACAAGUGUGAGACAUUCAACGAUGGGAGCAAGACGGUGAGCGCGUCUGCUGCGAGGCUGCGGAGAGAACCCUCUCUGAGUCAAGACGAGUUGAAUCGGCGCGUGGAAGCGUUCAUACACAAGUUCAACGAGGAGAUGCGGUUGCAAAGACAACAAUCCUUGGAACAAUACAUGCAGAUGAUUAACCGUGGUGCUGCUUAAUCUCACUCAUUUUCUGCUGUAAAAACACAUUCAUAUUCUGUAGGAAUAUUCAUAGUAUAGUUACCAAAAAAACAAAUACAUUGUAAAUAUUUCAACAGGUGUAGUUACAGUGUAGAGAGUAAUGGUCUUUGCAAUAGGGGUAUUUAAUUCUUUCUUUUUUUUUGCCAUAUAAGUUUAUGGUUGGAUUAGAGUCAUGACAAUCAUUAUUUCUUUUAUUUGUUCCCUUGUGAUCCACUUAUGAAAAAUGUGGUUCAAGUUCAGCUUAGAAUAGCAAAACACACAGAGAAACUCUUAGGAAUGUGCUGAUUAGCAUGAUAAUGCCUUAAAUGCUUCUAAUUUCAUUUUAUCGUAUUCAAAAAUAAAGCAAAUAUAGCUUAUUU